GGGUGGCUCUUCCUUUUCCUCAUCCUCUAUAUGAGGCUGCUCCCGGCUCUGAGCUCAGUUUGCCGCGGCAGCCGGAGGGGCAGGAGCUGCGUGAGACUGGAGCAUCCAUCCCUGCAUCCCAUCCCUGCAUCCCUGCGUGGGCUCAGGAGCCGAGCGAAGCUCCAGGACCCUCCUGGGCGGCCACAUCAGCCCUGCCCGGCCCCUCCGGAGGGCGCAGAGCGAUCAGCAUCGAUUAGCAUCGAUCGGCAGUGAUCAGCAUCAUCAUCAGCGAUCAGGAUCAGCAGUGAUCAGCAGCGAUCAGGAUCAGUAGUGAUAGCAGCGAUCAGCAGCGAUCAGCAGGGACCAGCAGAGAUCAGCAUCGAUCAGCAUCGAUCAGCAGCGAUCAGCAGCGAUCCGCAGGGACCAGCAGCGCCGUUCCGGGGCCAUGGUGCCCUUGGGCAGCCCCACUCUCGCCGUGUGCGCCUCCAGCAACCUGCGCCUCAUGGCCCCCGGCCGCGGCUCCCCCCUGGCCUGGCUGAACCGGGGUCCCGAGUGCCCGCAGGGCCCGGGGGGCAGCGGGGGCCGCCGAGCCAGCGCCGUGGAGCGGCUGGAGGCCGACAAGGCCAAGUACGUGAAGUCGCAGCAGGUGAUCAGCCGGCGGCAGGAGCCGGCGCUGCGGGGCUCGCCGCGGCUGUCCCCGCACGGGCGGCGCCGGCUGGCCCGGCAGCAGUGCUCCGAGCUGUGCCCCGGCUCCGAGCUGCCGGGCCCGCCGUCCCCCGUGUCCCGCCGCAGCGGCAGCCGGCGCCUGCUGCGACCCGACUCGCUCGUCAUCUACCGGCAGAAGCGGGACUGCCUGGCCGGCGACAAGGAGAACACCAAGGGCUCCGGGCUGGUGCGGCGCCUCUUCCAGGGACCCCUCCGAGCCGCGCCGCCCAGCUCGCCCCCCGCCCGGCCGCUGGGCGAGGGUCCCGGCGCCCCCCAAAGCCCCGAGACCCCCAUGCUGUGGGCGCCAGCCGAGAAGGAGGCGGCGCGGACACCGGGAGGGGACAGCAGCGGUGACAGCGGCGGCGUCUCGGCGGUGCCCGCGGAGCAGCCGCCCGGUGUCCCCGGGAAGGAGCCGCUGGCGCUGCGAGUGUCGCUGCCGCUGUCGGAGCAGGAGCGCUUCUUCAACUACUGCGGGCUGGACCGGGCGCAGGUGGAGCUGCUGGGCCGGGAGCGCUUCGGGCCCGCGGGCUGGGACAGCGCCUCGGCCCGGCCCGGCUCCUGCGAGUCCGAGCCCGGGAGAGCCUCGGGGGGCAGCGAGGGGGACGCGGGGCCGGGCACGGAGGAGGAGCCGGACGCGCGGCCGGGCUCCGCCGUGUCGGUGGUGGAACGCAACGCCCGUGUCAUCAAGUGGCUCUACGGCUGCCAGAGAGCCUGGGCGGCUGCCAAGGAGUCCACGGUGUGAACGGGGACCUCACCGGGACCGGGACACCCGCGUGGCUCCCGCUGGCUGCACCGGGCCCCUCGCCCUCGAGGGAUGUGUUUGAGGGGCACCCGUGGCCCUGGUGGCACCUGUGGCCCUGGUGGCACUCGUGGCCCCGGUGGCACCCAUGGCCCCGGAGGCACCCGUGGCCCCCGUGCCCUGGGGUGCUGCGGGCUGGGAGCUCUGCCAGGUGCUCUGGCUGAGCGUGGUGGGGGCACCUGAGGGCAGGUGGGGAAGGGCCACCCCCGGGUGAGUCCCCGUGGGCUCAGGGCUGGCAGGCUGCUGUCCCCCUGCUGUCCCCCAUCUUCCUCCCUGUCCCAGGAGGGUGGGAUGAGCACACAGCCCCCAGUGACCCCCCAAGUCCUGCUCCAGCUGCAGGCUGGGGGUGGGCAGAGCCCGAGCCCCCUGUGGUGGGCAGUACCCACCCCUCAGCCCCCUCCUCCCCAGAACAGGGGCUGCUGGGGCCAGAGCUGCCCUCAAUAAAUCUGUUUGGGUG